UAUUUAACCAGGUAGGCUAAUUGAGAACAAGUUGGCCAUUGACAAAUCAAAUACUUUAUUGGAAAUGUUUUAAAUGAAAUCUCAAACCAUAUUUGGUUCUUUAUGUUUUAUGUUUCUUGUGAACACUGUAAUAGCAAACACAUGCAAUAUUCAGAUCAUUUUACCGGUUGCAAUUAUUCAUUUUUAAAAACAUCUUUAACUGCAUUCGUUGUAGUUGAAUUUUCACUCUGCACUGAUCAAGAAAGGGCUGGCUCACAAAAGCUCUUACUGCUCUCUACGGUAUUUUCAUCAGAAACACUCCAGUCUCCACCUCCACUGAGGCUUAUCAGAUUGUCAGAGUACAGAAGGCUGUAUAGCAGGUAGGGAGAUUUGCAUUGUGGCUGGGGAAAUGGAGAGAACAGGUGGAGGUGUGGAGAACUCUGGAGCUGACAGCAGCUUGGUCGUCUGGUCUCUACUGACCUUCUGUCUUCUGUCUGGUCCUGCCACAGGUGACCAACAUGCCCACUGCUCUGAGUUCCUCUGUCUCAGCCCUCCCUCUCUUCUGGUGAGGCUCCUCAGCUUCUCCUCUGAGCAGGGUCCCUGUGGUUACCCCUUAGAUCUCCCUCCUUCAGGCCUCCCAUCUGGCCAGGGCCUCCCUCCACUUCCACCAGGCUUCCCAGGACUGGCCCCUGGUCCUGUGGCCUGGAGCCCCCUCAGCCCCACAGUUGUGAUUGUCCCGGGCAGGAGGCCAGCCAGGCUGCAGCCCAGCUGGGCGAGGGUGAUGGCGGGGGAGCUGUUAGAGGCAGGGCUGGUUAAUGUCCUGGUAGCUGAUUGGCUGCUGCCCCCAGAGCAGGAGAUCACAGAAGGAGCCAGGCAGGUGGGAGAGAGGCUGGCACAGACCAUACAGACCCUACUGGUGGGUACACAGACCAUACAGACCCUACUGGUGGGUACACAGACCAUACAGACCCUACUGGUGGAUACACAGACCAUACACACCCUACUGGUGGGUACACAGACCAUACAGACCCUACUGGUGGGUACACAGACCAUACAGACCCUACUGGUGGGUACACAGACCAUACAGACCCUACUGGUGGGUACACAGACCAUACAGACCCUACUGGUGGGUACACAGACCAUACAGACACUACUGGUGGGUAUACAGACCAUACAGACACUACUGGUGGGUACACAGACCAUACAGACACUACUGGUGGGUACACAGACCAUACAGACACUACUGGUGGGUACACAGACCAUACAGACACUACUGGUGGGUACACAGACCAUACAGACACUACUGGUGGGUACCCAGACACUACUGGUGGGUACACAGACCAUACAGACACUACUGGUGGGUACACAGACCAUACAGACACUACUGGUGGGUACACAGACCAUACAGACACUACUGGUGGGUACACAGACCAUACAGACCCUACUGGUGGGUACACAGACCAUACAGACACUACUGGUGGGUACACAGACCAUACAGACACUACUGGUGGGUACCCAGACACUACUGGUGGGUACACAGACCAUACAGACACUACUGGUGGGUACACAGACCACACAGACACUACUGGUGGGUACACAGACCACACAGACACUACUGGUGGGUACACAGACCACACAGACACUACUGGUGGGUACACAGACCACACAGACACUACUGGUGGGUACACAGACCACACAGACACUACUGGUGGGUAAACAGACCAUACAGACACUACUGGUGGGUAAACAGACCAUACAGACACUACUGGUGGGUACACAGACCACACAGACACUACUGGUGGGUACACAGACCACACAGACACUACUGGUGGGUACACAGACCACACAGACACUACUGGUGGGUACACAGACCACACAGACACUACUGGUGGGUAAACAGACCACACAGACACUACUGGUGGGUAAACAGACCAUACAGACACUACUGGUGGGUAAACAGACCAUACAGACACUACUGGUGGGUAAACAGACCAUACAGACCCUACUGGUGGGUAAACAGACCACACAGACACUACUGGUGGGUAAACAGACCAUACAGACACUACUGGUGGGUAAACAGACCACACAGACCCUACUGGUGGGUAAACAGACCACACAGACCCUACUGGUGGGUAAACAGACCACACAGACCCUACUGGUGGGUAAACAGACCACACAGACCCUACUGGUGGGUAAACAGACCAUACAGACACUACUGGUGGGUACACAGACCAUACAGACACUACUGGUGGGUACACAGACCAUACAGACACUACUGGUGGGUACACAGACCACACAGACACUACUGGUGGGUACACAGACCACACAGACACUACUGGUGGGUACACAGACCAUACAGACACUACUGGUGGGUACACAGACACUACUGACCAUACAGACCCUACUGGUGGGUACACAGACCAUACAGACACUACUGGUGGGUACACAGACCAUACAGACUCUACUGGUGGGUACACAGACCAUACAGACCCUACUGGUGGGUACACAGACACUACUGGUGGGUACACAGACACUACUGGUGGGUACACAGACCAUACAGACCCUACUGGUGGGUACACAGACCAUACAGACCCUACUGGUGGGUACACAGACCACACAGACACUACUGGUGGGUACACAGACCACACAGACACUACUGGUGGGUACACAGACCAUACAGACACUACUGGUGGGUACACAGACACUACAGACCCUACUGGUGGGUACACAGACACUACAGACCCUACUGGUGGGUACACAGACCACACAGACACUACUGGUGGGUACACAGACCAUACAGACCCUACUGGUGGGUAAACAGACCACACAGACCCUACUGGUGGGUAAACAGACCACACAGACCCUACUGGUGGGUAAACAGACCAUACAGACACUACUGGUGGGUACACAGACCAUACAGACACUACUGGUGGGUACACAGACCAUACAGACACUACUGGUGGGUACACAGACCACACAGACACUACUGGUGGGUACACAGACCACACAGACACUACUGGUGGGUACACAGACCAUACAGACACUACUGGUGGGUACACAGACACUACUGGUGGGGAAACUGGCCCAAAUUGAACAUGAGUAA